GGUGGCCUGCUGCUUCUUUUUGCCGAAACCCAGGAGGAGAAAAAAAGCUUGUUUGCUGGUGUUCCGCAAGUUGGCGACAUGAAUCGUGGCAAAUCCGCAAUGCUUCUUACCGGCCGCAUAUUCCUCAUAUUCAUGUUUUUGUCGCUUGUACAUUUCGUAUGGAACUUUGUGCAAAUUAUCGAAAUGGUAGUUGGAGGAGCACUGAUGUCGCUGGUUCUUGUCGGCUAUAAAACGAAGCUUUCCGCAUUUGUGCUCGUUGUGUGGCUCUUCGGUCUGAAUCUCUAUCUGAAUGCUUGGUGGACGGUGCCAUCGGAUCGCUUCUAUCGCGAUUUCAUGAAAUAUGACUUCUUCCAAACGAUGUCCGUCAUCGGUGGCCUGCUGCUUCUUGUAGCCUAUGGUCCCGGUGGUGUCUCCGUUGAUGAUUACAAGAAACGAUGGUAG